AUGAGCACAAACAUACAAUCACAGCUCAAAGGCAACCUCUCCACAGUCUCAGUAUUCCGGCAUCGCUUUUCUUCUUCUCUAACUCCUAUUGCUUGUCGUCUCAUACCUGCUCACCUGUCCAUAAACUUAUAUUCUACAUUUUUGUCCACUUUUCAACAAAACCACCCUACAGGCAUAUUUUUGCUAGAUCAACUCGGCCUUUUGAGCAUAGCAACUGUGCUGGCUGUGUUCAACAACAAGUUGCACUAUUCGCAGGCCAUCUCCGGCUGGUCUGACGUGUUGCACAUUCUGUCGGGCAGUUCAACAGCGUCCGGAUUUGAGUCACCUUUGCUGUCCACUAAGUCGCACGGCAACAGUCUCCUCCCUCUCAGCUCGGCUUGCCGACUCGCCUGCCCCUCAUCGGCCAGAAGUCCGGUCUGUAGGCAGGCCCGUGAUGGCCGAGUCCAUCACACGUUGACCGGUUGCUAUAGCUCCAGAUCUGCUGCUGCCAACGUCUCCCAGGGCUGCUGGCAUCAGCAGGAAAAACGGCAUUUCAGCUGUGAACCCUACUACGAGGACGGCAAGACAGACGAACAUCUUGUGGCUCUGGCGAAAUUGUUGUCAAGGCAACCCUCUAAUAAGGCUGAUGGCAAUUGUAUUGGAUUGGAGGCCAGUAUGAGGGUGGGCGAGAACCACGGCAACCACGGCUUCUCCAUGCACCGUCCAGGAGUAAGGGCAAACUCGCAACAACCGUCGCAUCGAUACCAACGACACCUGCACAACUCCGGCAAACUCUGGAGCAUUAGUUCGUCUGAGGGUCCACCUCGCAGUCGUCAUGGCGGCCAGCCGAAGCAGCCGUUUCCGCACCACCGCGACUGUCGUCUUGCCGGCCUCAGCCAGCCUGCAGAUUCAUCCUGUUCCUACACGGCCUGUUCCGGCGUCAGUGUGUGCCGAAAUAAGAGUUUUCGUGAGGCCGACAUGACGCCCGACAACUCGAAGGCCUCAUCACAUUCACCCUCGCCGUCGCCAUCGCCGUCGCCGUCGCCGUCGCCGUCGGCAUCGUCGUCGCCGUCGGCUUCGCCUUCCCAAUCGGUGCUGGAAUCACAGGCCUCCUAUUCGCCCUCAUCGGCCAACUUUGUCCUUCCACUCCCUUCCAUGGCCAGUCCGCUCGCCUCUCCCGUGCGCAACAUGUACACGCACACACAGAUGCACAUGCACGCCUUGCCGACCAACCCACUGUACAGGUCUGAGCCUCCCUAUAACCUUCACGCCUCCUCACUGGUAUCCUCUUCAGGUCAGCAUCCGUUGCCACCGCAACCGCAACCGCAGUCGCCGCCUUCGCAGACGCCGUCCAUCGCGCAGAUGAAGCCACCAAACCGGCCGGUCAGUCGCACCAGCGUCCGUCGAGGCCAAUCUCAACGGACGCCGCAGCCCACUCAGCCGGUCAGACCGGUGAUUGUCGGCCGAGUCGGUUACAUGAACAGACGGACUUCCGGUAGAUCGUCUGCCAUCAACAGUCGGUCCGACUCGACGUCGUCAUCGACGGGUCGAGGCGACAGCGAUCAUGAGGCUGGGACAAAAGAGACGAACCGACCAAGCAUUGGACUCAAACGUCUCACACCGCCUGGCAGGGCGACGCGAAGACGAGUCGAAGAUGAAACGACGAGAAUCGGCGAUGUAGCCGAAGAUGGGCCGGACUCUGAGGAGGACGGCUCAGACGAAGACGAGUGGUGCCAAUCUCGAGAAGGCCAAUCAAGCCUGACGACGGUCAGAAGGCAGCACAGACAUAAAAGUGAGACUGUCAAGGCGACGGCAAAUCACGUCAACUCAGCUGCCUUGCCUCAUCCGAACCCCGUUGCCCACUCGUCGGUGUCGGCAGUGUCGGCAAGACGAACUUCACACCGUCAUCACACCUCAACUGCCGAUCCCUUCAAACAGGUGGUCGGCGCAGCCACCACCGGAUGCUCUACAUGUUGCCGACCGGCCGACUCGAUCGCCUCGGAGGCUUCAAGUCGGCCGCCCGAGGCUGUAUCCGCUGUGAAGACGCGCAACGACGCAGCCUCACCUCGAGCCACAUUAAACCUGAGUCCGAGUCCGGCUUGGCCUGUCGUUCCGAGGCUGAAGAUGUGCCGAGCCGAUCGCAGGCAGUCUCGCGUCGACUGGCAGGUUGGACUCAUCACAAGAGCCGCGACAGCCGCUGCCACGGCAGCAGUUGCCGCCAGCUACCGCCUCAAAAUGGCGCCCGGGACUACCGGUUGUCAAGGCAGGGUAGAUGUGAUUCGAGGCGGUCUACGGGCACGUAUGAAGCGGCGAGCUCAUGGCCUCUUCAUUCGUGACGCCUCCUGUCUCUGUCCGCUCCCUUUUGAGGCCGAGGAAGAGCUGGAUCCGAUUGACGACGACGACGACAGUGACGAUGGCGACGAUGACAAUGGCGACAAAGAAGAUGAAGCGGAAGAUACGCUGAAACUGGCUAAAAAGUUGCACGGAGGCUCGGGCCACUGUCCCCGGGCCCAUGAGGAGACGAGCUGUACAAUGCCGGCUCCCAUCUGCCGCAUUUGUCGGUCUGUCGGCCAUCAAGUCUCCGGCCAGUCGUCAACUCGCCACCUCCACGACAGUGGCAAACUGACCGCGUCCACGAUUGCAGCUGCAGUUGCCGCCACCACCUCCGUGCUGGCUGACAUGAACUGUCUGGUCGCCACGGAGACCGGAUUCAUCGCAUCGGCAGCCUACAGUGCAGUCAACAGUCAUUUCCAUGUGCCGGCAACAGCGAGUUGGGGAGACGAUAGGAGCGAUAGUAACCAUGGCCACUUUACCGGUCUCGAGUCGUCAACCGCCAAGUAUCCCUACCAGCAGUUGGCGUCACGCCUCGACUGUCUUGAGAUGAUUGUCUAUCUCUUUCUCUCUUUCGUCAACGGCAUCGUCUGUCUCAUCCUUCUUCCGCGCUACAAGCAAGACAUUACAAUGCGCAUCAAUGCAACCGACUCAAUUAAAAACCACUUCCUGCAUGAAAUGAUGUGA